AAAAUUUUAGAUUUACAUAAUGAUGUUAUAUUAUUAUAUUUAUUAUAUAAUGAUUUUUUCAAGUAAGAUUAUUCUUAUAAGAACCAAUACAUGUGGGGAAGUAUGCAAUAAAGGACCAAAACCUCUACAACCUUUAGAAGUUCUCAUUGUUGAACCAAGUAGACCCAGGCCUAUACCGGCAAAACCUCAACCAUCUAUCUGCGAAAUCAAAAAGGAUAAACGCAAACACAAACAUAAACCCAAAACACACAAACCGAAACCCAAGCCUAUGCCAGCCGGAGGUUGUGUUCCAAAAUGUGUACCUCGUAGAACCUGCAGUGGACUUAUUGAUAUUUGUCCAUGCCAAUGCAUUGUUGGAGAUAAAAUUUUCAAUCUCUUAGAAGCAAAUUGAAAUAGCGAUUUCAACCCAUCCAUUAUUGGUAGCCAGAUAGAUUUUAUAAUUAAAUUUUUCAAUUUGACGAUAUUACAC